AUGAACAUUCCAAGAGAUAACAAUGAUUCGAUUAAUUCGCCGUUACAUCAACUAGAGAUACAAAUGAGCAAUGCUAGACGGGCAGAUAGGAAUCCAAAUAACUCUCGUUAUAAUACAAAUGCAAAUUUGAAUAAUAUCGACAGAGAAAGUAUUUACUCGUUCGAUUCGGUAAGCACUAAUGGAAGACUUCUUGACCGCUUAGGGUUAGACAACGACGACUUCUACGAAGAUGACGAUAUAAAUUUUGGUCUAAGCCAACGAGAUAGUGUUAUAUCCAUUCAAUCUACGGGAAGAUUAUUGGAUAGACUCGGAAUUGAUGAUGAUGAUCCAGCCCUUGCUGGGGUAAAUGUAUCUACAGAUGAGCGCAAAUCUCGUUCUGCUGCAGUGAAUCAAGACAGACACAGACCAAUAUUUGCAAAUUCGGCUAAUAAUGCAGAAAGAGUACCGUUAAAUAUGAAGAACUUUGCAAAUCAAAGGUCACUGGCAGGUCAGAACUCGUACCGAACUUCAGGUGAGAAAAAUGUGAACAGACCCAAACUUAAAACAAGUCCAGUAAAAAUUGUGUUACCAAAUCAAAACUCCUCCGUAGAUUCCCUCCAUGCAGACUUAACUUCGAUCAAUAGUUCCCCAUCAAGUAAUAAUAAUAGUGACUACCAAAACUUUCACUCAUCUAAGCCCUUCCCCAAUGAUAUUCAUCUAUUUACAAGGAAUUCUCCAAUGGAAAAGAAUGUAUCUGUUGAACCAUUUGCAAAAGGUCAAUCGGGAUUAGAGCCUGGAUUUUUUCCUAAAUCAAAGUCAGUCUCGUAUAAGCAGAACCCUGUUCAAAAAGGAUUUUCUUACCGUGAUAAGGUAGAUGUGACAGAUGAUGCUGAUGACGAAAGCAACUUUAGCAGCUCUGAUUCAGUGGAUAAGAUUUCUAUAUCCAAAAAAGGAAAAGAUGGGACAAGGACAAUUCCAAAAACACCAUCAUCUAUAAACAGGUCAGUAUCUACAAGCUCAGCCAUGGGUAAGUCACAGGUAAAUACACCACCUCCCAAUAGAAUUGCAUCCGAUUCAAGCACGCCUCCAACACCGUUACUCGCUGGUGAAUUGUCGCCCAAUUCUCGUACGCAAUCAGCGAUCAAACUUAGACAAAUGGGAAAAGACAGGGAGGCAUCAUAUCAAUUACGAAUUGCAGCUAGCAUGCCGUAUAAUUUCCCUAAAGCAAUGUAUCUAUAUGGAAUGGCUUUGAAGUUUGGUCAAGGCGUGAAACAAAAUAAUAGGCAUUCCCUAAAAUGGUUCUGUAGAUGCAUCCUUACCGGUACCCAGAUAACAAACCCACAAAUUGCAUCAAGAUUAAGUGAUUUGGAAGCUGAAGAUAUGAUUUCUCUUAUCAAUAAUGAAUUAAAAAAUGAUAAGCCAAUUGAUCCGAACGAAUUAUAUGGAUAUUAUUCGAAACUUCAGUCAUCUCAGCUAACCAAAAUUAUCAAUACUUCGAAGUCACAGCUGGAUAUAGUAAGUGCAUCGUAUCACGAAGUAGGAAAUGCAUUGUUUAGUGGCUUGGGUCUUUCAACUAAGGACGAAGCAAUUGGUAUUGCAUAUCUAUGUAAAGCGGGGUCUAUGGGUUUUAUAGAUUCAAUGAUUCAAUUAGGAGAUAUAUGGUGUUCAAAGUCUAAAUCACACAAGAAGGAUUAUUAUAAAGCUGCCGCCUGGCUAAGAUUAAGUGAAAUGUUUGGAGUUACAUCUAUCGGGAAUAGCUGGAUAUAUAAAGAAAAGUACAUGCCCUCAAAAAAUAAAAAAUAA